CUUGUACCAUUUUUUAAAUUAAAAUGUGUUGAUAUGGAAUCGACGCAGCUCUAGUACCUGCGUCUCCUCCUUCUCCUCGUGUUUUUAACUGUAUCUCCUGUCUGAAGGAUGCCUGUGCAUAGUCAAAUAGCUACCCCAGUGUGCUUCUGAGCGACUUGGUUAAACAUCUAUUCUUGUGAGCGUGCCGGGCUCAUGUCUGCAGCUCUGCGCUGGUCCUAGCUGUAAUGGUUUUGGAGUGAAUGGACGUGCUGGACUCUGCCCUGAAUUCAUCGAGAGAGCGCCGGUAUUGCCAGCACCCUCCUUUGUCCCAUUACAAUAGGGUUCUAUGAACACAGGCAAGCCUGCUAGUUUAAAGCUGGACUGUUUACUUUUAUCACUACUUACGCAUGCUGUUCCCUUGCCAGUCAUCUGCCGGAGUGCUCGGAAUAAUUUGAAACAACAGGCAAUAUUUAUUUCUAGCUUUGUGUGUCAUGCUUCGCAGGAGCACUCUUAAUUUGCACAUUAUUAUUUAGCCGAACUUCUGGGAAGCUUUACUAUGGACUGGACAGCACUGGUUAUGGAUUAGGGCAGAUUUAAUACGCACUCUUGAUUGGCUGAAGCCUAUGAGGGAAGCCACGGUGUUUGCCUUCGCUGUAACACCCGAGGGGUAUAUUUAGUAGGUAGCCGACCCCGUCAGCGCAACGCGUAAUGCAGCGUGGCUGUGCGGUCGGGAGCUGACACGGGGAGGAUGCUGCAGGACCCCAGACCGCCUGCUGAAGGGGAGAGGGAGGCUCUCCUCGUUCCCCGGCAGAUCAUUUCGCCGUGUGUCAGCCUCAGAGGUGCGAGCGUAACUGUUCUCUGUGUCUUUGGGACAAAAGGAGAGUUUCACUGUACGAGCCCGGUGGUAAAGUGUGAGUGUAGUGUAACUGCGAGGCGCGGGAACGGACGCUGCCCCGAGAGAGCCCGGCUGAGGAAGAAAGCCCCGUCUCCCUACUAGGAUUCAGAUGCUGCUCUUUAAUUACUGGGGAAGAGACUGACACUGAGGAAGUGCAGCCAGACGAGUAAGCAAGCAAAGCAUGCCCACCUGUGUGCGCGUGAGUUGGGAGGGCAGGCCAGCCCGAGACCUAGGUGCAGAUCCCUCCAUGCAGUGCAGCUACGCAGGAGAUUCUUUGACGGAUUACGAUCUCAGCAAACUCCAACUCGAGAAGAAGAAUGACAGCUAAGAGACUUAAACCAGACUUUUCACCAUCCUGGAAAGGAACUGUCUGCCCGUAUUUGGAGUUUUUUUAAUACUCUACCUCCCUCUGCUGUUAUCAGCGAGAAGUUCCUCGACAAUGGGAAAUCAUGUACUUGCAGCUUCAAUUUCCAUGCUCUCGCUCCUGGCGAUGAUGGGAGAUGCAGACAGUAAAACAGAUAGCUCCUUCAUGAUUGACUCCGAUCCCAGCCGCUGUAUGAGGCAUCACUACGUCGACUCCAUCAGCCACCCCCUCUACAAAUGUAGCUCAAAGAUGGUGCUGCUGGCUCGCUGCGAAGGGCGCUGCAGCCAGACGUCGCGCUCAGAGCCCAUGGUUUCUUUCAGCACUGUCCUGAAGCAGCCUUUCCGCUCCACCUGCCACUGCUGCCGGCCACAGACCUCCAAGCUGAAGGCCAUGCGGUUGCGAUGCUCGGGGGGCAUGCGGCUCACUGCCACCUACCGCUACAUCCUCUCCUGCCACUGCGAGGAGUGCAACUCCUAGGGACGUACCCGCCACAGCAGUGGGGGGAUCCGGAUGCUGCUGUCAGGGAAGGCUCUCAAGAAGUCACCUGAGGUGACGGCGAUGCUCCCAGUGUACGUUACAGUGAGGACAGGACUAACCAGGCUGGAUUGUAAAAUAUCCUGGAUGGUGCCAGUACCGAAGUGUGGGCUGUGACAAAGGCAAAAGCAUGAAGACUUGUUUUUAAGAAGCCUUUCUUUUUUCUGAAAGGAUAUUUUUGAGUUUCUUCUUUUUCAGGCUCAGCUCUGACUACAGAGAGGUGCUUUUACUUUAGGCCAAGGGCAGCAGGGGAACAGAGAGGAAGGUCAGCUGGAUGAGAGCACCGCGCUCUGGGAGUUGGCGUUUGGACAGAGGAUGGGCAUCAGUUCCCACAUAUGACCUCUUAACCUAACAAUUUAUUCUCAGUCUCCUAGUUAUCCUGGCCUUCAAAACAAACUGUGUUGUUGGCAAGGGUUAUCUGUUACUGAUCUAGCAGCCAAGCGCUGGAUAACUUUAACUGUGGUUUAGCAGCAAUUGCAAAUAAAACAUUGAAAAGUGAACUGGAUAUGAAAUGUAGAGCUGGGACUACCCAGCCCGAGCCAGCUGAAGUGAUUAUUUGCAGCGUGCAGCAUCACAGUUCAGUGGCUGAGCGACUCCUGAGAAGUGAAAGGUCAUGAGACUCAUUAUUCCCCUCUAAAAGCCUGGAAAUGUGACAGGUCACAUCUGUCACAAAAGCCAUUAUUCAAACACUAAAAACUAAUCAAAGAUUAAAAUGACAUGUACUAAAUGGAGUCUUUUCUUAACUUGGGUAGACCUGCUGACAUACAGAGCCAGAGCCACAAGAAUAAUGACCAAACCUAGGACUUAUGUUCAUCUAUGGCUCUGAGGCCAUUGAGUGAGCAGCAUUUUGCCUUUUAAAGACAGGCAAUCGCCGACACAGGGGCAUCACACUGAUGUGCCCAUAGGAAGUCUAAGGCAGAGUCUGUCUCCCAGCGUUAUCCACUGGACCACGAAGUCUGUGUUUCGAUUUACCAAAUGAUCUGCUACCUGGGGUCCUGGUUGACACACCAUCCAGCUUGGCAGCUGCUCAGGGAAUUGCACAGCUCUUGGCUGGGCCAUCCGCCCAUGUGUCCUUUGUGCGCACACAACGAUGUAGGAGGCUGCGGCAGGGUUAGCACGAGCCCAGACCUCACCCGUAGGUGAAACUGUCCCACAGCCAGGGCAUCAGAGCUGCUGGGUCUUGCAGAACAGGGGUAGCCAGCGCUUCUCUGUAAGAAGCAAGUGAGGCCAUUAGCUGCUUUCCCCUCCCUGUAGGACCAUUGCAGAAAGAAAUGCCGCGAGGAGCUGAAUGGUUUGCAGUCAUUGAUAGGGUGAAAUGAUCUCAAAAUAACAAAGGAUCCCAAGUUUCGGAAUGGUACUUGUACAAAAAAAAUCUAUCCCUCCUCCAUUAGCGUGAGGUUUUUAGAAAGAUUCAGUCAUAGUCUCUUGUGACUGCAAGGAAACAACAUAAGGUAUUACAGUUCUUAUGUCCUUAAACGGCAGUUUAUCCAGUCAGUCAGCAAUAUGUCUGUGAUGUCCACAUAAACCUGGGUAAGACCUUUUUCGAUAGAAGUCAUAAAGGUGUCAGGAGCAUCUUUGCAGUGCAAGGAUUCAGAGUCAGUGCAAUUUUUACCCCUCAGUAGCAUCCGCAUGUAUAGUCCCACAGUUAUUCUCUGGGAGAGGCCAGAGUGGCUCCCCCGCACAGCAAUGUCUGGUGGGGCCCCGCGGUAUGGAGAAGUCAUAAAAUCAUAGAAUCGUUUUGGUUGGAAGAGACUUUUAAGAUCACUAAGUCCAACCAUUAGCCUAGCACUGACAAGUUACCACUAAGUCCUAUCUAAGUCCAGCGUUUGGUGCAUCUGUUCAGCGCCAUCCAGUCUGUCUGCAGCAAAUGCCAUAGGCAGCAGCUUGGGGACGUGCACUGACGCUGCAAUUGUCCCAUGGUCUACACGAGAGUUACUGUGGCUGCUCAGGCAAAGACAGAUUCCUUUGCCACUGCCUUCUCAUGGGGAAUAUGUACGGGAUGUGAAGGCAGGUGGCAGAUCAAGCCACCUGCCUUUCGAGCUAAAUCCUGGAGCUGGAUGGCUGUCAGUCAGAAGUGGAAACCAAAAGGUGACAAGCACACCCACAGACACUGGUUUGAGAGGUUUGUGGUACAUGGGAAGGACUGUCUCCGUCUUCCAGAGAUGACUCGGAGAUGGCCAGUUUUCAACAGCACAGAGCUGUGGGCAAACAAAAGGGUGAAUCAAACUGUUAGAAGCUGACGGGCUCAGAUUAAAAUGUCAAAACUGGGAGUGAUGAGCCCCAGUGAGCUCAUUAGACACCGCUCGUUGUUUCAGCACUGUCAGUCAUUCUUUUCACAUCUGAUGCAUGGUCUGAACAUCAAAGGGAGAGCGAUGGGAGCGUGAGCCGGGCAUUAUCACCAGACUACUUUAUAUGAAAGAUCAUAUGUGCGUCCCUUUUCCAAUCUCUUUCAACCUCCAGCAUCUAAAAAUCCCAUUAUCCAAAAAAGCACCACCCCCUACUGUUAAUUAUAUAUAGAAAAUUCCAGUCCUUAUCCGAAACAUCAGCAAUACCUUUGAUAACCAAAUAACUAUACCACAAAAUAUGCGUGACCUCUAAGCGUGGGUAUAGAGACUGCCGCACAGAAGCAAUGCUAUGCUGUUAUUUAAGGGAUGGGGAAUGGUAACUGCUAUAUCCAGGGUGUCCCAUUCCCCGCCCCCGCUCCCCUACCCCGGGUUGCACUGCCGCUGGCCUUUUCUGCUGGUGCAAAAUGGGAUGCCGGGGGGCCAUGACAUGACAUUUGGGUGACAAUUUGCAGCGUUUCUGCACGGCUGUGGGAUGCAGCAGAGCAAUGUGGACCCGAUCACAGUCCUCUGAUGAGGAGAGAGGAAGGGUUUGAGCAGAGACCAUGCCUGAGUCAAUUUAGAAAACCGGAGAAUAUUUAUAGUGAGGGAAGAGCCUGGCUGGUAUUUAUUCCCACAUCCCCUCGCUAUCACAGUGCCAGAGCUAUAAUUGCUCAAAUCGGUCUCACAGAAGCCAUUCGUGUUUCAACAAAAGCUUUUUUUUUUCCCCUCUCGCACCCCACAUUCCUUCCACUUUUGCCCGGUUCCUCUAGUGAAAUCAUCGCCUUGUGACCACAAAGGCUGUUGCCAGGCAUAAAUGUUGAGGCGAAUUCAACAUUAUCUAAUUUAACUGUUGAUUCCAAUAAAUGCAUGGGAGGAAUACAACAGAAAUUAUGACUGACAAGACAAAACGUACUUGUAAAUAGCUAGAACUGGAUAUUAAACAAUGAGUCAAAGUUUCAGAUUCUCCUUUUGGCUUUGUCAGGCAGUCUUCAUAUUAACAUUUAAGAAAAGGAGGAACUACUCUUCAAAACCAAAUGCCCCAAGGUCAUUUAUAAAUCCAUAUUUUGAUACAUUUUUAUCAGUAUUUUUGGUGCUGAAUGAAGCACACAAGUGCUACCCACGUCAAAAUUCAAGGCGGCGUAUUGAAGCAAAAGAAAAUGAGGCUUCAGGUGAAAUCUACAGGAUAUGGCUCGUGGUGAGAAAGAGCCUAAACGGUGCUUAGAGAUGAAACAGCUUCCUGAUUUCUUAGCCUGACACUCUGUUUUACAAGUCAGACUACUGUGUAAGUCCUUCUUAAAUUGAAAAACAGGGAGGGCAAUGUUCAGUUGUUCAGAUAAUGUUGUGGGGCUUUGUCUUUGCUAACACACCCUCUCACCGGACCUGGAAUGAGAAGGUUUUCUCCUUUUUUCCCCUCACUGCACCUCACCCUUCAGGCAACGUCUUCCCUCACAGAAAGGCUGGUUCAGCUGGGACCAUCCUGUGGUUUGCUCAGGAUGAGAUGUGAUACAGGCUUUCAACUGGCACCACCCUAUGCCCUCUUUUUUUCCCCAUUAAGUUUCUGAGUUCAGCUUGGCUUACUUUUGGAAGGCACCAGUCCCAGCAGUGGUGGUGUUACAGUUGAGCUGGAGGAAUUGCACUCAUGGAGACCGGAGGGAAACACCAGACCUUUGCUGGUACCCUUUGCUUGUAAGAAAAGCCUUAUAAUGCCAAUACAUUUUGUGCCUGUCAGAAAUAAUCUGUGAUUUUCCAGAGUAAAACAGCCUAUGACCUAGCAAAUUUUAAUUAUUCUGUUCCCAGCUGCAGUGGGUCUCUUAAGUGCUUAAAGCUGCACAGAUACAGAAAUGGUUUGCUGGUUCAAGCCUUAUAUGAAUCAUUAAACUGAAGAGCUCACUGCUUUCUUGGAGAUGUCCCACUGACUUUCCUUCAUCUCACCUUGCCCUCUGAGCUUGGAGAACUUCUGCCAGACAAUUGAUCCUGAGUCUGUCUGUCUCCUGGUGGCCUUUAUCAGGGCUUUUGUAAGCUACCGUCACAGCGCUUAUGGCAAUAACAGAGAGGUGAAGUUCAAUGACAUCCAUGGUACACCACAGCCUGCACUGGGCCUUCACGUGAGCCUUAGUUGACACCUAUUCAGCAAGUCCUUGCAGAUCUGCCACGGAGCCCUGAAACUCAAACAGGAAUGUGUAGAUUGCAGCCAGAAUAUUUUUGUGAAAGAGGAGAAAAAUAAAAGAUGGGAGGUUGCUGUCUCAUGGGAAUAGUCUGAUAGUCCGUUGCUUUGUGUCUCUCGCCUCAGUUCUUCGGAUCUGAUAUGAGAAAAGAGAUGCUCCCGAGUUUCCUCCCAUGGGUGAGUGGCUUUUCAGUGCCUAGUCCUACCUGUGUAAAGACAGUGGUUUCUUACUGAAUUUGUCAGAAACAGGAUUAAACCCUCUAGGAAACAAGGAAUUUUUCCUCUGACUUGGGCCAUAAGUAUUUUUGAAAAAUCCAAAUGCCAUUAAAAAGGUCAGGGAGGGUGUGUCUUCCUUUGACUCUGUAGUUAUUUACAAUACAAGGGCUGUGGAAAAAGGAAAAAAAAUGAUAUCCAGGGUAAAAGUGACUGACGGCCUUCUAAAACAGAUUGCACUAUAGGUAACAGGUAUUAAGACAGAUACUCUUAGAAAAGUGCAGCAGGCCGUGUUGGAAAGUAGCAUCCCAGUGAUUUUACUGUGUUGCACAUGUACAAAUAAGCUGUUUGGAAAUCCAAAUAGUGAGUCUAUCCCUUUUAUUUUGCGGGCAAGGGGUUACAAUCUUUAUUUAUGGUUUGAGAGAGAGGACGGGUAAUCACUUGUCUGCAAAUUAUAUUAGCUGGCUAAUGCAGUGAAAAUGGUCCUUGGUGCUUCUAUGAUAUGAAGACGACGCUUUAUGUACAUCAAGAUACAAAAGAUCAGAGUUCACUAAUGAGAAUAAGUAAUCUUGUUUGGCCUGCACCAAGAAUACAUAUUUCAAAAUGUUUUGGUUUGCCCCCUUUUUUUUUUUUUAAUACACCAUUUGGGAGAGGUCUAGGAAUCAAAAACUUGUAUGAACAGACGAAGGGACAUCUAUAAUUUGUUCGAGUCAGAAUUAAUGCUUCCUUUAGAUGCCGACCAACAGUAUGGCCCACUGAAACAACAUUUUAAAAACAGUUAAUCACAUUCCCAAGUAAUCUACAUAUAUUUAUGUCAUCUGUAUUUUCUAGGAAGAAUUAAAGAGCCAGUCCUGAGUUAGAGCUGUUUUCAUUCAGAUGCACAACUGCUACGCCAAGCUCUGCAUGGAUCUCAAGACUUCCUAACACAAAAACUAAUGGAGGUUAGCACUGGUGUUGUGUAGUGUAGGUAAUCACUGUACAAAACAGAGGAUUAACCCAGGGAGAAGCAGUACGUGGUGUGCCAGGAUUUAUCUCCCUCAGCCUCCUACCCAAAGCACUGGAGACUUCGUCUUGCUGGGUCUAGUUCUGCUUCCAAAAUGAUUGAUACUCAGGAGGAGAGACAGAAGGCCCUCUUCCCUGAAAGCAUCAAUCCCCAGGUCUGUAACAGAUGGAGGUCAAACCCCCUGUUUGAGUGGAGGAAGGUCUGGAAUCAGUCUCCAGUGUCUCGGAUGAGCGUGCUGCCACGCAGGAGCUGUGCAAAAGGGAGGUGGUGCAACCACCGAAGUGGUUGUCACUAAACGCAAUGCAGUCUGACUGAGCUAAGCACGCUCUGAGCAUUGGCAGAAAAAUCAGGCUGCUCUUUGGACUGGAGUUUUUUGUGUGCCAAGUGACUUUAUGCAAAUGCAAGUUCCAGGUAGUGCCUGUAUAAAAGGCAGAGAUAACCUCUGCUGGUCACAGAGGCUUCUGUCUGAAACUCUGAGGCUGAACAUGUCCCAGGCAGAUGUCUGAGUGUAUUAAAAAUUAGAUUUGCAGAAGUCACAUGGAUAGUAUUGAAAAUUCAGAGUUAUGCUCAUUUUCUUCAUCCCUUUCGCCUGCCCUGCUCCUCCUCACCCACCCUGCACCUCUAACACGUGGAAACAAUCAUGCUGCUGGGAUCCCAUUGCUAGUCAGACACAUCUCCACAUUGUCACAUGCAGAGUGUGUCCAAACAUUCCCAGCAACUGGGAACGGGAUGCUGGAAGAAGAAACCUGUGACCUGCUGCAGCAAGACUGUGCAGACUUAACCAAUUCUAAUUUUAUAUAAGCUAGAUUAUGUUCAAAUAUUACCACUCCAGGGACUAGAGUUUCUACUGCCACACAUAUUUCAUUCCUUUGAAGUGCAAGAGAGUCCCUACACUGGGACAACGCAUCCCUGUGCUUCC